AAUACACUGUAUUUAAGGCCGUGGACCCACUUUAUUUUUCUUGUAACGAGGACAAUUCUCCGCUCAAACAAAAGAAAAAGGAGAGAAAAGAAGCACGGUGUUAUCCGAAAAUCCCCAAUUGCUCUUCUAGGGUUUAGGUCGCAGAUGGCGGGUAAUGGUCUUCACCCAUACCACCACCAACAAUGGCCUCCAGCUCCAGCCCCUCCUCCUGCUUCUGCCCCUCCUCCACAUCAUCACCAUCCCUCAAUGCCCAUCGAUGAGGUUCGGACGAUUUUCAUAUCUGGGCUACCGCAGGACGUAAAGGAGAGAGAAUUGGUGAACCUUCUGAGGUGGUUACCAGGUUAUGAAGCAUCUCAGGUCAAUUUCAAAGGCGAAGUUCCCAUGGGUUUUGCUCUAUUCUCCAACCAUCAAUGCGCUAUCGGUGCAAAAGACGCCAUUCAGGGUUUGGUUUUUGACACGGAGGGGAAAUGUGUUCUGCACACAGAGAUGGCAAAGAAGAAUCUCUUUGUCAAAAGAGGAAUUGUAGCUGAUUCAAAUGCACAUGACCAGAGUAAACGUAUGCGUACUGGAGGUGAUUACACGCAUACUGGUUAUUCAAGUCCCUCUCCUUUUCACGCUCCCCCGGCACCUGUCUGGGCACCACAUGGGUAUAUUGCUCAAGCUCCUCCACCAUAUGAUCCAUAUGGAGGCUACCCUGUUGCUCACAUGCCAAUGGCUGCACCUGCUCCUGUGCCAGCGCCAAGCAGUUAUGCGCCAGUCCAGAAUACUAAAGACAAUCCUCCUUGCAAUACCCUAUUCAUUGGCAAUCUUGGAGAGAAUAUAAAUGAGGAAGAGCUGAGGGGCCUUAUCAGCGGUUUGUGCGCACAUUCGAUGCUCCUUCCGGUUAUCAGCUUCAGCCCGUGGUGCUUGCAGGAUGUGAAUAGUGCCACCAAUGUCCACCACAGUUUGCAGGGUGCUGUCAUACCGAGCUCUGGUUCAGUUGGCAUGCGAAUUCAAUAUUCAAAGAAUCCAUUUGGCAAAAGGAAGGACUUUGGCCACCAAGCUGUUGCCCCCAAUGCGAAUGGAGCUCCUCCACCUAUGACCUACCAGUAGCUGCAGGGGAUGUAUUCUGUUCUCUAUGCUCUGCCAAAUACAAAUGCAUCAUGCAGCUGUUGCAUGCAUCCUUGCUAUCAUCAAGUCAUGAGCAUUAUCAUCUUGAAAUGAGCAUCUUUUUGGGCCAUAUCAUAGUUUAUCCAAGCCAUGCAUUUGAAGCACUGUCAUCUCAAAAUUGUCAGUUUAUUCAGGGUUCACGUUUUGUGACAUGUCAUAGGAUGCAUUUAAUUUCUAGCCUUAAAUCUUGUUGGUCUGUGGUGUCACAUUGUAUUCUACAUUUGAGAAUUGCUUUGUUUAGUGCUAACAUAUGUUUUAAACCUCAAGUGACUUCUUAGCACCUCUAUCAACGUAUUAUGUAUGGAGUGAAAUAGAAUUUGCAUCAUAAAUUGAGAUCAAAAUGCGAUUAGCAUCCAUCUCAACUUAUCUGGUUAGGGUUGUCAGUCACUCCAUUAACCUCAUAAUGCAAACUGAUGAUAACACUCUAACAUCCAGGUUUUCAGAUCCUGAAAGAAAUGUCCUGGAAUUUCCAAUGUGCUUGUGUUAUGCAGGAUUUGUGCAAAAAGAGGGGACUUCCUUUUACUUGGGGAUGUUCAAUUGCUGGAGUUGCUUUAUCCUGGUUUUUUGUUCUGCAUGCAGAAUGUGCACGAUCGUACGAGAAGAUGGUUCUUGUUUGUUUCAGGCUGGUGUGGUAGAUUUGAGCUUUCUUGCUUGUUUCCUUUUCGCUCAGCUAACUCCAAUUGCAAACAAAAGUUUGACUCCUUGAGUUUUCAUGGUUGACUGGUUGGAUAUAUGAUCUGUAACAAUUUAGAGUUUGGUGACUUUGAAGAGCAAUAGAAAGGAUUUUGUCGGAAUUAGAAAAUCCAUUAUAAUCUAAA